GUAACUUCAACCCAUUUCACAGAGAAAGUGAGUGAGUGAGUGAGUGAGGGAAAAUGGAGAAACUGGCACUCACUUCACAGAACUCUCUAUUAUUCUCAUCCACAACACUUCCAAAGCACUCUUCUUCUUCUUCUCGACUCUUCUUUUCCAAACGUAACAACCUUUUCGGACUUCCUUUAUCUUCCUCCAAACCAACUCUCCGAAUUGCUUCAAGGAACAAUAGGUCAAUCAAAUGUUCAAUUUCCGAAGCCACUGAGCCGAAAACUGAGGAGAAGAAGAAAUUGAUGAGAAGACCAGAUAUUAGAAAUAUCGCAAUUGUUGCUCAUGUUGAUCAUGGAUAAACAACUCUCGUUGAUGCCAUGCUCAAACAAACUAAGGUGUUUCGUGAUAAUCAAACUGUGCAAGAGAGGAUAAUGGACUCGAAUGAUUUGGAGCGUGAAAGAGGAAUCACUAUUCUGAGUAAAAACACAUCUGUUACUUAUAAAGAUGCCAAGAUUAAUAUCAUUGAUACUCCAGGUCACUCUGAUUUUGGGGGUGAAGUAGAACGCAUCUUGAAUAUGGUUGAAGGAAUCCUUCUAGUGGUAGAUUCUGUUGAAGGGCCAAUGCCACAGACAAGGUUUGUCUUAAAGAAGGAUUUAGAGUUUGGUCACGCGGUUGUUGUGGUUGUGAAUAAAAUAGAUAGGAGUUCUGCUCGCCCUGAUUUUGUUGUCAAAUCUACCUUUGAACUAAGGGUGGCAAAGCGGGCCAGGAAAAACUAA